AUGGGUCUUCGUUACGACGACCUGCUCAUGGAAGAGAACUUCCAGAUGACCAAGGCUCUUUCGCGUCUCAGUGACUUGGAGGCAUACGACCGUGCAUAUCGUUUCCGUCGCGCUAGUCAAUGCUCCGUGCUUCACAAAGAUCUCCCUAAGGACCAAUGGACGACAGUUGAGGAGGAUGUGCGCUAUGUGACUCCUUUGCUUGAAGAGAUCCAGAAGGCCGAUGACGAACGGGAGGCAUGGGACACGAUGAAGGUCAAGAUCCAAAAAGCUCACUAG